GAGCGCGAGGCAGAAGAUGCAGAGGAGGAGGAGGCAGAAGAGGAAGCCUCGCGCUCCCCUCCCCUGAGCCUCGCGCUCUCCUCCUCUGCCUCGCGCACCCUUCCUCAGCCUCGCGCUCUCCUUCCUCCCCUGCCUCGCGGACAAAAGGCCUUCCUGUGGUCCUCCCCGCUCCCCCCUCCCCUCGCCUCUCCCUCCCCGCCCCCUCAGCGCCCGCCAAAGGCGAAGGAAGGCGAGGCAGCUCAAAGAUGGCUUUCGCCGGCGCCCGCCUCAUGGCGUCCUGCUGCUGCCUCUGCCUGGGCUGCUGGGCCCUUCUCUCGGGAGCAGAGGCAGCGGCGGGUGGGGCAGGUGGAGGUGGAGGUGGCUCCGAGGCGGCAGGAGCCGGGGGUCCUGAGGCGGCGGCAGGCGCCGACCCUUCCUCCAAGGAGAUGGAGUGCAAGCUGAAGAGCAUCACAGUCUCGGCGCUGCCCUUCCUGAGGGAGAACGACCUGAGCAUCAUGCACAGCCCUUCGGCCUCCGAGCCCAAGCUGCUCUUCUCCGUCCGCAACGACUUCCCCGGAGAGAUGGUGGUGGUGGACGACCUCGAGAACACCGAGCUGCCCUACUUCGUCCUCGAGAUUUCUGGCAACACAGAAGAUAUUCCGUUGGUACGAUGGAGGCAACAAUGGCUGGAAAAUGGCACACUUCUCUUUCAUAUCCACCAUCAAGAUGGUACUCCCAGCUUGCCAGGCUUAGAACCGACAGAAGAACCCCAGAGCGAAUCGGCCGAAGAAGAGCUUAGGAUUCUUCACAUAUCGGUAAUGGGGGGCAUGAUCGCGUUGCUGCUUUCCAUCUUGUGCCUGGUGAUGAUCCUCUACACCCGCCGGCGUUGGUGCAAGCGCCGCCGAGUUCCCCAGCCUCAGAAGAGUGCCAGUGCUGAGGCAGCCAACGAGAUUCACUACAUCCCUUCAGUGCUGAUUGGGGGGCAUGGCCGUGAGAGCUUGCGUAAUGCUCGCGUGCAGGGCCAUAACUCCAGUGGGACUCUGAGCAUCCGAGAGACCCCCAUCCUGGAUGGCUAUGAGUAUGACAUCACCGACUUGCGCCACCACCUUCAGCGGGAGUGCAUGAAUGGUGGUGAGGACUUUGCCAGCCAGGUCACCAGAACGCUGGACUCACUGCAGGGCUGCAAUGAGAAGUCAGGCAUGGAUCUCACGCCAGUUUUUGCCUUAAAUUCUUCCUGUUCAGGAAGUGACAAUGCCAAGCUGUCCUUGAUGAACAAGUACAAGGAUAAUAUCAUCGCCACCAGCCCUGUGGACUCCAACCAUCAACAGGCUACACUGCUCUCUCAUACUUCCAGUAGCCAGCGCAAGCGGAUCAAUAACAAGUCUCGAGCUGGCUCUGCAUUUCUGAACCCUGAAGGGGAUUCUGGGACAGAGGCAGACAACGAUCCCCAGCUGACAUUUUACACAGAUCCAUCGCGAAGCAGGCGCCGCAGCAGGGUGGGUUCACCAAGAAGCCCAGUUAGCAAAACUACCCUGACGUUGAUCAGUAUCACUACCUGCGUCAUCAGCCUGGUGUGUGCCUCCCAUGUGAACUGCCCACUUGUGGUCAAGAUAACAUUGCAUGUUCCAGAGCAUCUUAUUGCUGAUGGGAGCCGGUUUAUCUUGCUAGAGGGCAGCCAGUUGGAUGCCAGUGACUGGUUAAAUCCUGCCCAAGUGAUUCUCUUUUCCCAGCAAAAUUCCAGCGGACCCUGGGCCUUGGACUUAUGCGCCCGACGUCUUCUUGACCCGUGUGAACACGAAUGUGACCCUGAUACUGGUGAGUGCUUUUGCUAUGAAGGUUAUAUGAAGGAUCCAGUGCACAAACACCUUUGCAUCAGGAAUGAAUGGGGCACAAACCAAGGGCCAUGGCCAUAUACCAUAUUCCAGCGUGGGUUUGAUUUGGUCCUGGGAGAACAGCCUUCUGACAAGAUAUUCAGAUUCACCUACACUCUUGGGGAAGGGAUGUGGCUUCCAUUAAGCAAGAGUUUUGUGAUCCCACCUGCUGAAUUGGCCAUCAACCCAUCUGCCAAGUGUAAAACGGACAUGACUGUGAUGGAGGAUGCUGUGGAGGUCAGGGAAGAAUUGAUGACUUCCUCCUCCUUUGACAGCCUUGAAGUUCUUCUGGAUUCAUUUGGGCCAGUUCGGGACUGCUCUAAGGACAAUGGUGGCUGCAGCAAAAACUUCCGCUGUAUUGCAGAUCGAAAAUUAGACUCCACUGGCUGUAUGUGUCCUCCUGGUCUCAGCCCCAUGAAAGAUGGCACUGGCUGCUAUGAUCGCCACAUUGGUGUGGAUUGUUCAGAUGGAUUCAAUGGUGGCUGUGAGCAGCUCUGUCUUCAGCAGAUGGUACCUUUGCCAGAAGAUCUUACUUUAUACAAUAUUCUCAUGUUCUGUGGAUGCAUUGAAGAUUACAAACUGGGUGUAGAUGGACGGUCAUGCCAUUUAAUUUCUGAAUCCUGCCCAGACGGUGGUGACUGUGAAGAGAGCCGAGAGCUGCCCAUGAACCAAACUAUCUUUGGAGAGAUGUUCUAUGGUUACAACAAUCAAACCCGCGAGGUGGCACCUGGGCAAGUGCUGAAAGGCACAUUCAGGCAGAAUAACUUUGCCCGUGGGUUGGAACAGCAGCUACCAGAUGGGCUAGUGCUGGCCACUGUUCCACUAGAAAACCAGUGCCAAGAAGAACUAUCUGAACCAACCCCUGACCCAGAUUUUCUAACUGGGAUGGUGAAUUUCAGUGAAGUGUCUGGAUAUCCCCUCCUGCAACACUGGAAGGUGCGCUCUGUCAUGUACCAUGUCCGACUCAACCAGCUGACAUCCUCCCAGUCUUUUGGCAAUGCCCUCCAUUCUUUGGAUGGUGCCACAUCCCGAGGAGAUUUUGUGGCUCUGCUGGAUCACUUUGGCAACCAUUAUAUACAAGAAGCUAUCUAUGGUUUUGAGGAGUCUUGUUCUAUCUGGUAUCCAAAUAAGCAGGUCCAGAAGCAGCUCUGGCUGGAAUAUGAAGAUAUCAGCAAAGGUAACUCCCCUUCAGAUGAGUCCGAAGAGCGAGAGAGAGAUCCCAGGGUACUCACAUUUCCAGAAUACAUUACCAGCUUGUCAGAGUCCGGGACCAAGCGCAUGGCAGCUGGCGUGCGCAUGGAGUGUCAGAGUAGGGGCCGUUGCCCAUCAUCCUGUCCAUUAUGUCAUGUGACCUCUAGCUCGGAUGCCUUAGGGGAACCCAUCCUCUUGGAGGUUACCAAAGCAGCACCCAUCUAUGAGCUGGUUACCAACAAUCAGACUCAAAAGCUGUUACAAGAAGCCACCAUGAGUUCCCUCUGGUGCUCCGGCAGUGGGGAUGUCAUUGAGGACUGGUGUCGAUGUGACUCAAGUGCCUUCGGUGCUGAUGGGCUUCCAGCCUGUGCACCUCUCCCACACCCUGUGCUGAGGCUGUCCACUGUUCAUGAGCCCAGCAGCUCCCUGGUGGUACUUGAAUGGGAGCAUUCAGAGCCAGCAAUUGGGGUGCAGAUCGUAGAUUAUCUCAUCCGCCAGGAGAAGGUCACUGACCGCUUAGACCAUUCCAAGGUGGAAACUGAGACGGUGCUGAGUUUUGUGGAUGACAUCAUCUCUGGUGCCAAGUCACCCUGUGCGAUGCCAGCACAGGUGCCUGACAAGCUGUCAACAACCAUCUCCUUGAUCAUUCGCUGCUUGGAGCCUGACACUAUUUACAUGUUCACGCUCUGGGGUGUGGAUAACACGGGAAGACGAUCCCGGUCAAGUGAUGUGACUGUGAAGACACCUUGUCCGGUGGUGGAUGAUGUAAAGGCCCAAGAAAUAGCUGACAAGAUCUACAACCUCUUUAAUGGCUACACCAGUGGGAAGGAGCAGCAAACUGCCUAUAACACCCUGCUGGACUUGGGUUCCCCAAGUCUCCAUCGGGUGCUCUAUCACUACAACCAGCAUUAUGAGAGUUUUGGGGAGUUCACUUGGCGAUGCGAGGAUGAACUGGGCCCUCGGAAAGCUGGCCUCAUCCUCUCUCAACUUGGAGACCUCAGCGCCUGGUGCCAUGGCCUCUUACAGGAGCCCAAGAUUGGUCUUCAUCGUACAUCACUCAAAUUCCUUGCCUGUCGUUACAGUGAGAUUAAGCCAUAUGGGUUCAGCUGGUUUGAGCUAAGUCGGGACCUCAAGAAGACCUGUGAGGAGCAAAUGCUGACUGUCCUCUACAAUGACUAUGGGGACAAAGACAACUGAGCAGACUCAAUGAAUGAAGUCAAAGAACUUCAUCAGGGGCAGGGGAAAGACAACAGAGUUUGUAGGUGACUGUCUGGUGAGUUUUAUACAUGGAUCUUCAGCACACCAGGCAGAUCUCUAAAGACAGCGUUUAAAGCGAGAGAAGAUUUUGUUCUUUGCAUCGGCUAACCUGGUUUGGCAUAAUUCCCACCUGCAGGUUGUGUGGGAUCCAGUGGAGAUUGUUCACUCUUUGAGGCAGGGGAAUUGCUUUUCUAAUUUUGCCAAGACGUUCCUCAGCCUAGCGUAGGGAGGUAUAUGUGCAUGUGUGUGUUACAUGGAGAAUUUUGUCCUUCACAUUGGUGUACAAGAAUGGCAGUUCAUUCUCUCUCUCUCUCUCAAGUCCCAGUAGAAAUAAAGCAAAAUAACCAAGUCCAACAAAAUAGGGGGCUCUCUUUUAGAAAUGGAAAAAUUCGGCAGCAGAAAGAGGAGGGAUACAGUACUUGUGAAAUAUAUGGUUGUACCUUU